AUGGGCAGCGACACGGAGGCCGAGAAAAAGAGGGCGCCGGUGGCCCUGGCGCCCAUCGCGAAGCCGCUCGCCGGCAAGAAGCUCUGCAAGCGAACCCUCAAGCUCGUCCGCCGAGCCUCUGAGGCCAAAUGCUUGAAGCGAGGAGUCAAGGAGGUCGUCAAGAGUAUUCGGCGGGGAAACAAGGGACUCUGUGUGAUUGCUGGCAACAUUUCUCCAAUCGAUGUAAUAACUCAUCUUCCGAUAGUCUGUGAAGAAGCCAAUAUUCCUUAUGUAUAUGUUCCUUCAAAAGAGGAUCUUGCAACUGCUGGCACCACCAAAAGGCCUACCUGUUGCGUGCUGGUGCUGACGAAGCCAGCCAAGGGGGAGCUCGAGGGCGAGGUCAUGGAGAAACUCAAGAUGGACUACGACCAGGUCAUGUCUGAAGUUGCUGAGGUCACGUCGGCGAUGUUCUAA